AUGGCUGUACGACCCGAUUCUGUGAGGUCGGUAGACAAUGAGGGCCAGAGGCCGAUUGAGUCUGAGAAGAAAGUUGGAGAGGUGGUUGCUUGCAGUGAUGCGUCGUCUGAGGGGCGGGGUGGCAGCGAUAAGAGCGAGGCGAUUCCGCUGAAGAUGAAGCUUAUUGCUAUUCUUCUGGUUACGGCAACGGGGUUUGGGUCGCACUGGAGUAGUGGUGUUACUGGUGCGAUGAAGAGUACGGUCAAGAAGGAAUUGCACAUCAACAACGCGCAGUACUCCGUGCUGGAAGCCAGCGAGGAUUUUAUGAAGACCGCUCUGAUACUCGUCAGCGGUCUUGUCACAGAUAGGAUUGGUGGUGCAAGUGCCAUGCUCUGGGGCAACGCCAUCUACAGCAUCGGCGCCAUUUUCAUCGCAGCCGCCACGACCGUCCGCUCAUACAAGUUCAUGAUCUUCGGAUCCAUCGUCCAGGCAUUCGGCGACAUAGCCACACAAGUCGCGCAGUACAAAGUCUUUAGCUCCUGGUUCGCACCCUCCAAUGGUUUCGCAUCCACCCUAGGCUUCGAGCUCGGCAUCGGCAAGAUCGGAUCUUUCGUCGGCAAGGCUACGGCGAACGUUAUUGCGAAGAACACUGGCGACUUCAGCUGGGUGUACUGGGUCGCGGUGUUCAUGAACCUCUUCACCAAUGUCACUACUCUGCUGUACUGGUUCUUCACGCGCUGGUGCGGGAAGAAGUAUACCGGUACAGCUGACCCGGCGACCGGAGAACAGCUCACGGAGAACAACAAGAAGUUCGAGUUCGGAAAGGUUUUGCGACUUCCAUGGACUUUCUGGAGUAUCGUCGCUUUCUCUCUCUUCCAGACUAGUACCGCCUCUGUCUUCGCUCAGAACGCGACCGAGUUCGCCGAGCAGCGCUUCGAUAUGGAUGCCGUCAAAGCUGGAUGGUACUCUUCCCUCGCGCAGUACCUGGGCUUCUUUCUCGUUCCCAUCAUCGGCAUCUUCGUAGACAUCCUUGGCAAUCGCAUCACCCUGAUGCUGGUUUGUGGCUUGGGCAUGCUGCUAUCCAUGUGUCUAGCAACAUGGGGCCCGACAUACUCCGGCACCGCAGCUUCAUUCGGCAUCUACGGUGUCGCAUCCAUGUUUGGCCCGACGGUCAUCAUCGACUCGAUUCGCACGUCGAUGUGGUACCAAGAAGUCUUUGGCUCUGGCUAUGCUGUCAAGAUCGCCGUUAACAACGCCAUGUCCAUCAUCAUCCGGAUUAUCACGGGUGUCAUCCAAGAUCGCGACGAAAACUCAUAUGAUAACGUCGUGAUCGUAUAUGUUGUGCUCUCUGCUUGCUCGGUCGUGGUCGCCGCGAGUAUGUUCGUUGGCUGCUUCUGGACGAGCGAUCUCGGGCAUCUCCAGUGGACUAGGCGCCAGCGCAUCAGGAAGGGCGAGAUUAUCAAUAUGCGGAGGAAGGAGUUUGAGUGUGGUGCAGCUGGCGAGAGGAACAGGAAGAUCAGCUUGUCGUUGUUUGUCGCGCUGUUGUUCUUGGUUGUCGGCUCGUGGGCGGCGUACUUCUGGGGUGUUGCGACAGGUAAUAAUGUCUGA